UUUAGUACUGCUUCUAUCUCGUAACGCUAAAAUCUUCAAAUGGCUCCAUUCACUAACAAGCAAUACCCUUAUUUGAUCAUAAUGGUGGUCUUGUGCAUUUUCCUCUUCCCAAUGAUGCAAGCGCAAUCCUAUGACUCUGUUUAUUAUAUUUGUGGAAGCGCACAUGGAAAAGCCACCAUGCAAUACCUUAUUCAGAACAGAAAGUUGCUUUUGAAGGAGAAAGAGACAGUAACCAUUAUUGUACCUGGAACUGGAAGUAAUGAAGGACAUGGACACGCAAAAAUAGUAAGCUCAUGGAAUGGGAAGAACAAGUCGGGUGAAUAUGUAGAAUUAAGGGAAGCACCAAUGGGACCAGACCCUUUGCACCAUCAUGGUGGUAGCCCUAGGAAUAAACCAGCCCUGCCAUAACUGUUGUUACUGUUUAUUUUGUAUGUCAUUUUCUUCUGCAAAAUCGGCUUGUUUAGUUUCUUUGCCUUUUUUGGAUGUGAUCUUUUAAAGGGUUAUGUUUCUAAAAUAUGUAUAUAUACAGACUGG